CUUCCGCUUCCGGGACUGGUAGCAUGGGCUCUCCUGAGGAGCAGUCUGUUCCAGGAGAUGAUUUUUAUGAGGACAGUGGAGACCUCAACAAGAACUUGAGCCUUGUCUCAAGGCUUGCCGAGAGUAACGAAGGUGAAAGCAGCCUCGCAAGUCCCAAAGGCAGCAAGCUCCCAUUGGUGUCCCAGAUGGAGGUGUCAGAGAGCCCAUCGGUGGUGCUUUGGACCGGAGGGUGCUGGCCAGAUUCCCCGGUGCCGGAGGAAGAGAGGCUAGGUUCCCCAGUGGAUGAAAAGGUGGUUGGUUUGACCUUACUCUCCCAACCCAGUGUAGAGACUGCGAACACUGGGCAGCAGGUGACCAACCCAGAGACACCAGGAGCCAGAGAACACCCAUCCUCAGAGAGCUUUUGUGCUGAGACAGAGACAGGCUCCAGCAGGAAAGCUCCGCAGGCUUCAGGCUCCGAGGAGGCAAAAGCAGCUUCUUCUGCCACUUUCUUCCCCAAGGGACUGGAGCAAAGCAGAGCUUGGGGGACACCGAGAAAAAGUACCAGUAGUAGAAUGGUGAUCGGCGAGAAUGUCCACCACCCCACUUCCGAACCUGAAUUAUUAGACGAAUUAAAUGAAGUACAAAUGAUGAGAGUGACCAUUUGCCUUAAAGAUGGAAACCAGGCUAAGAACAGUGGCCCAGCAGAGACUGGAGACCUAGCUAGACACUCAAGUGUCCAGACCAGGGACAGUUUCAUCCGGAUGCCCUCCUCCCUGCUGACCUCUACUACCCGGGGACUUACCUCUGGCAUGGAAAGACAGGCCUCGAAAGAACUGGAACCCUUUUCCUCUAAGAAAAAGCAAGGCAUCUCAUGGAGUAAGGGAGGAAGCAAGGCCAGCUACUCAGAGGCUGCUGCUGGGGUAAGUGCCCUGCCCAAGGCCAGUCCUAGAAAGAAGAUGGCCCAGAAGAAAAAACCCCUGUGGGAUGCCUCAGCAGUUACCCUGGGGAGAGCCUUCCAUCAAUGGGGCCAGAGACUGAAGUCAGCUCCUGCAGAACCAGCCACCUUCCCCCCAAUCUCUGGUGUUGGCCUGCCUGGGAGGUCCAAUAAAUGCUCACUGCUGCCUUUAAGACCCAAACAGUGCAAGAACUUCUACACUGGGAAGAGAUCUGGGGCAAAGAGGACAAAGGAGUUACAGUUGGUAACAAAAGAAGACACUGACUCAACCAGAGACUCUGGCUCACAGGUUCAGUUUCCAACAUACAGGGCAGAGCCACCUUGCCAGAGUGUGCAUCAAGAAUUCAGCAGCGGGGAUGUAAACACCCGAAGCCUCCAGGAUCCAGGAAACUCUCAAUCCUCAGCCCUAAGCCAGAGAGGCAUCCUGUCCAAGAAAUCUACACCCUCUGGUGACCAGGAAGAACCUGUGGGUCCCUCAGCCCCAGAUUCAGAGAUACUGCAACUACCUGGAACACAAGGUUGUCCCCGUUGUCCGGAGUUACAGAAGGAAAUAGAGGACCUCAGGAAACAACUGUCAGCCCUGCAGGCUGUCAGUGAGAAGUUCCAGACCCAUUCAAGUUAAACCCAACAUGUCUACAAGACAAGCAGCUGGCGUUGUUCUGAUUCCUCCUCCAGAUUCUUCUCUCCCCUUUGCCGCUGCUUUCUUUGCCCCUACCCCUUUCCUAGUUAACGAUAGUUUUGAAUUCAAAUACUUCUCAGGAAGGAAAAUAAAAGUUUGUGAUAUAAAGUAAAUAAAGAUAACUCUAAAGA